UCGCGCGAACUCUCGAUCUCAUCUCAUCUUGAAAUUACCUCAUGUCGCAUGACCGGCCUGCACCACGUAUAAACCAUGGCCAAUUUGAGCCUCCCUCAACCUCCGACUACAUGAUGUCUCCGCCUGUAAAUCUCCGCAAUCGCCGCCUGAACCGCCCUGCAACCUUCGCCGAGGGGUUGGCUCCAGCGCCAGCGCCAGCGUCGCCUUCCCCGCAAACCCUGCGCCGCAACUCAACGCUAUCGGAGUCCGUCUCUGAGGCUCGGAACACCAUCCGAUCCUCGACCGACGAGCUCCUCUUUCCACGAGCAGCACCAACCCACGAUCGCAACGAUGAGGAGUCGCAUUGGCAGUCUGCGCCGCUGGGACUUGCGUUACUCCCCGCAGUCGCCGGCAUCUUCUUUCAGAAUGGCAGUGCUUUUGUCACGGACGUCACUCUCUUAGCCUUGGCUGCUGUUUUUCUGAACUGGUCUGUCAGACUACCAUGGUAA